AUGUCUUCAGCAUCAUCAAAUCAGUACUACAAGGUCGGGGUGCUCCUAUUCCCAGGUGCAGAUAUUUUGGACUUUGCAGGCCCAAUCGAAGCCCUCUCUCAUGUCUCGCACAAUCGGAAUACAAGUAAUCCUGACAGAAUGUUCGACAUCACAACCAUUGCCUGUAGCGCCAAAAUUCGAGCCGCAAACUCACUCACGAUUCACGCAGACAUAACUGUGUCAGAAGCUCUCGAUUGCAUUUCAGACUUUCAUAUCCUGUUGGUUCCGGGUGGUCCAACAUCAGUGAUUACCCCGCUCAUUGAUGCCAACGGACCGGAGCUUGAGUUAAUCCGCAAAUUCGCGGCUUUGCCUCCGGCGGCAGGAUCAGGCACCAGGAUACUGUUCUCGGUUUGCACCGGUGCCCUUUUGCUUGGCGCUGCAGCUGUAUUAGCUGGGAUCAAUGUGACAACCCACCACAGUGCACUAGACGUCCUCCGGGAUAUCUGUGCUCGCUCUAAUCCGCCGGGCGGCCCGUCCACAACCGUGGUACACAAGCGAUAUCUUGAUGGGGGUCUUUUGAAGGAUGGAGGGGUCAGAGUGAUCACUGCUGGAGGCGUAAGUUCUGGCUUGGACGCUGCAUGCUACCUUGUAAGCCAGCUUGCUACGGGUGACAUGGCAUCGUUUGUGGCUCGAGUUAUGGAGUAUGAUUGGUGUGAGCUUAAAGAGUGA